GGCGUCCCUGGCGCCACUUCCGGAUCCGGUUCAAUUUUCGAUCGUACCGCGACCGCGCUUCCCGUCCGAUGCUGGCGGCGGGGCUGAGGGGCCUUCCCGGCCGGGCCGCCCUACUGGGCUGCGGCGCCCCGAGCCUGAUCCCCGCGCGAGGCCGCAAGACCCGCUUCGACCCUCCGGCCAAAUCCAAGGCGGACCGGAUCAAGGUGCCGCCGCCCGUCGACCCGGCUGAGCUGCUGGUGGUCAUCAACCGCUACAGGCAGUACAAGCGGGUGGUGGACGCCCUCAGAUUUGAGAUGAAGGAAGAAAUACGAUUUAAAACCUACGAUCUCAGGCACGGGGAGACGGCGAAGCUGAUGAAGAAAGCUCGGGACGAGGAACAUCAACACCUCAUGGCCUUGAACGACGCAGAAAACAAGCGUUUACUCGAGCGGAGGUUGGAGCGUCUCCGGCAGGAGGAAUUACUGGAGAAGGCCCGUAAGCUACAAAGCGAUCAAAACAGGGUGUCCUUUCAGGAGGAAUUUCUCAAGAAGAAAGAGAUGGAGGUGCUUCAGUUACAGGAAGAAUCCCAGAACUUCAUCACCCUGGAAAACCUAGACCAGCGGAUCGAGGAGUGCCUCAACAAGACGCAGAACUACAAUUUUGCCGUCGAUAAAGAGGGGAGGAUAGUUAAGAGGACAGCCAUAUCGUAGCCCGCUCCCCCACCCCUCUCGCGGGGGGAAGGAACGUUCCCUCCGGACCCCGAGGUUUGCUGCGAGCGAUCGAGGGAUGCCAUACGGCUCCAACCCCAUCCGCAUCCCUGCUCUCGGAAUGGGGAGUGGCGGAUAAUUCAUGCUUCCCAAACUGGCCAAGUCUGAUUUGGCAACUGCUCCGGUUCUUUUUCAGAAAGACAUGGAUCAUCUUCAGUGAUUUUGGGUGUGUGUGUGUUAUUUUGGCAUCUCAUCCUGAGUUGCUUCUCGUUUUCGAUCUCAGUUUUUGCAAGAGUGACCCUGCCUCUGUACGUAUGCAAAACCGUUUUUGCUCCUUCCUUUUUCACAGAUUGGCUUCGUCGGAAAAAGGCAACGAUGUUUAGUGAAGUCUAUUUUUGGGGGGUGGGGGUGGGGAACAAUUGACCUAUUCUCUAGGUUUUCUGGAUUGCUCUGUAAUUAAAUACAAUAUUUUA